GUGAUUGCCAUUUGGAUAUUCUCGUAUUUUAUUCUUAACACAGAUUUGUGAUUUUGAAACAUUUUCAUCAAGGGAAAAACAUGUCCACCAUGAAACUUCUAUCAAUUACAUCUAGAUUAAACCGACAACUUAUCAUCAACAGAACAAUACAUGUUGGUCGAUCUUUGUGUUCAACACAAGUUGCAUCUCAAUCCAUUGCUGAUAGUAAUCAGAUAUUGUCGCCUACUGAAACAAGUCCUAAAAUAAAGGCCAUUGUCGAUGAAAUUGGCAAGCUUACCUUGCUAGAAGUGGCCGAAUUGAAUGUAGCGUUGAAAGAAGUUCUUAAAAUUCCUGAUGCUCCGAUGAUGUCUUUUGCUGCCGGUGCGAUGAUGGCAGGGAUGCCCGGCGAUAAAGCUGCCAAAUCUGAUGAAGAUGCUGAUGCUGCUUCCAAAACUGUACAAACUGCAUUCACCCUAAAGAUAACGAAAUUCGAUGAAGGUAAAAAAGUUGCAUUGAUCAAAGAGGUGAAAAAUUUGGUCGAAGGUCUUAAUUUGGUACAGGCGAAAAAAUUUGUCGAGUCUCUCCCACAGGUAGUCAAAAAUAAUCUUUCUAAAGAAGAAGCAGAAAAAUUAAAAUCUACAUUGGAAUCUGUUGGUGCUACUUGUUCAAUUGAUUGAUU